AUGACUCAAUCUAUGUUAAAUUUGAAUAAGGAAGUCGAAGGUUUGUUCUGCUCAGAUCUCAUCUUUACAAAUAAUCUUAUUCCUCAAUUAAAUAUCAAUAUAAUGAUCGUAAAUACACAAGGGACUUUAAUUUUGUCUAAUUAUAAAAAUGACAUUGUUUCUAAUUCAUCUCUAUUGAUAAACUUUUAUGAUGAAGAAAUCACUGGAUUUACAACUGAUGAUUGGAUUUCUAUUCUCAAUUAUUAUUACACUAAAUAAACAAACUCUACUUGUAAUUAUGAGUACUUUCAAAUCCCGUGUAGAUUCAAUAGCAUCUACAAUAAAGAAUUUGUAAUCUAAAUCAUCAAAUUAUAGAAUAUUGAUUAUUUCCUCAUACUCUUUUAUGACAUUUAGAUUGAAUAAGAAAUUGAAUUUAAUAUCAAACAUCUACUACACAUAAUACAUUAAAAUUUGAACAAAAAUAUAUUAGUAACUAUUUUAGCCUCAAUAGGAAUAAUUUUAUUGCAAAUAAUUAUAAUCUAUAUAAUCUUUUUGCCUAUGUACAAGGUUAUAAGAUAAUCACUGUUCUUUCUAAAAAAAUAAUAAAAAAAAUCCAAUUAAUGCAGACCUUAGAAUCUAUUACAAAAAACAAAUUUAUUUUAGGAUAUACUUAUUAAUAAAAUCAGACCUAAUUAAAAUUGUCAAGAGAGCAGUAUAAAUAAGCAAUUAUUUAAUAGAUAACGCACUUAUGUAAUUUAAAUUGAGGUUUAAUACUUUAUUUGAUACAGUGCUUGCCUAAAGAAUGACUAUCAAUCCUUAAUGUCAAAUAAUUCAGUAAUUUAAGUAUCCUCAAAAAGUUGUUUAUAAUUAUUACGAAUAAUAGUCGGCCAGUCCAAAAGUUACUUUUCAAAAAGCUGCUUUAAUUUUAAUGUUGCAUUAUGAGUAUAAAAAAUAACUAUUAUUUUUUAUCUUAAAAGAUGUUUAUUUUUUAAUAUGUAUUUCAGGUCGUUAUGAGCAUAGUAUAAUAAAAGAAUUCAAAAUAGGCUCUUCUUUCUUCCAAAAACUAAUAUAGUUAAGAUUAAAAGUUUAUAUUUAGUUGAAACAAUUAACUUAUUUUUUUUCAUAAUACUAUUUUUUCUAUUAAAAUUGUUAUUUAUGA